AUGGAAAUUUCAAAAACAACGCGUUUCAACACAUGUAAAAAGAUUGCACAGCUACAGCGUGUUAUUACUGUUUUUAAAACACAAAUUGAAGAUAGAAGAUUCCAAAAAUCCGCUCUAGGUAAGAUAUUUGACGAAAAAUUUGCAAAAUUGUCUGAAGAUUAUGAAAAAAAGAUAGAACGCGAUAUCAAACCAAAGUGUGAUAAGCAAGAUGAAAUAGAUUCGAAGUACAAAUCUAAAUAUGAGCAAAAUAUCGAAAAAUUUAAAACUCAGAUCUCAGAAAAAACAGCAAACAUUCAAAACGGUGCAGAAAAGAUAUUAUCAGAACUUGAUAAUCUAAUGACUCAAAUCAAUGCGAUUUCUCAACCUUUAAUUUCAAAAACAAAAGAAUUAGUCGAUAAUUACACGAAAAAUGCAGAUCAAGUACAAAAAGAACUAUCUACUAAGUGUAAAGACAUGAAAUCUGUGUGUAAUAAAGAUAUUGAAGAAUUCAUUAAAAAUGCAGAUGAAAAAGAAAACCAAUUUGUUAUAGAAUCACGUAAAAAGUUUGAUGAAAUGCGUCAGAAACACCAAAGUGAUAUUGAUACAAUCAAAAAUUCAAAGCCGAUGCCAAAACUUUCAAAGAAAGAAAUUGAUAAUUUAACAAAGCAUAAAAAUACACUCAAACAGAUGUCAGAAGUAUAUAAAACAGUGCAUGAAGACUAUAAUUACGUUGUCAAUGCUCAUAGAAUGUGGAUUUAUCAGUCAAGAGAGAAAUUCAAAGAUAUCAUGAAAAUUGCUAAAAAUUCUUCAUCAAAUAUUGAUCCCAAGACAUUGCAAAAGGCUCGCGAUGACUUGCAAGCUGUUUUGGCAAAACUAUCUCAAGAAUUAUCAGAUAAACAAAAGAAAUUAGAACUUACACAAGCAGAAUUGAAAUUUUCAUAUCAGAAAUUAAAGAGUGAAAUCACAGAACUAUUAGAAAAGGAAAAUUCAGACUUUUUAGAGAAGAAAAAUAAGAUUUUAGAAGAAUCUGGAGAACUGUCUAAAGAACUUGCUCAAUUAAGAGAACAAAACAAGCAAGAACUGAAUGCUCUUAAAGAAAAAUAUGUAGAAGAAGAAAACCAACUAACUCAAAAAGAAAAUUACGCAAAAUCUCAAAUUGAAGUUGUUUCUAAACCAUUCAAAUCAGAAAAACAAAAGGCUAAGAAAGAAUUAACAGCACUUAGAAGCGCAAAUAAAGCUGAACGGACAAAGAAAGAGAGUGAAUUAAAUUCAAUUGUUGAAAAUCAGGCAUCAGCAUAUAAAACAGAAGAAAAUUCAUUUAGAGAUCAAUUAAAUGCUCUGAAGAGAGGAGGAAAUCAACAAGAAAACGAAAAUCGAAAACAAUUGAAUCAAAUUCUUCAAGAAAAAGAAAAGGCAAUGAUAGAAAAGACCAAGAAGAUCAAUGAAUUUGAUGCCCAAGCAUCAGAUGCCAUCGAAAAACAAUAA